UAAAUCUAAACCCUAAUCCUCAGGCGCCUAUCCCGCUCCUCAGGCGCUUUCUUUUGCCUCCCGCUCCUCAGACGCCGAUCCCGGCUCCCCCCGCCAACUGCACUCCUCCCCAGCCCCCGGUGCCGUCCUGUAAAUCGAGUCCCUCCCACUCUUCCGCGAUGUACCCGUACUCGAGCGCCAGGCGCUCUUUCUCCGCAAACUCCGGAUCUGCUCUGUGCUCUUCGACUUCUCCGACCCGGAGGAGGAGGACCCCUACCUCGACCCCACCUGGCCUCAUCUCCAGCUCGUCUAUGAGCUCCUUCUCCGCUACGUCGUGUCGUCCGACACCGAUACCAAGGUCGCCAAGCGCUACAUCGAGCACUCAUUCGUGCUCCGCCUUCUCGACCUCUUUAACUCCGAAGACCUCUAAAGGAACGAAGAUAACUCCUCCUCACCAGCUGCAGUCACCGGAGUUCUGUUGGAAAGACUAUUGCUCUGUAAACAUAUCCUUUUUAUUGUCUCUAGCUUGUUCGCAUUUGUUUUGUGCAUCGAUUUGUGUGUUUUGGCUCUUUUCCGGAGCGCUGGGUUAGGUUUGAGGCCGAUAUCGCAAGUGUAGGCUGGAUUUGUCUUGGUUCAUCGAUUGGGAGAGAUGGUCGGAGGCGGAAGCAGGAGGGACGAUGGGCCGCUGAAGAUCAAUAGCACUAACUUCUUCGCGGUGCUUGAGACUCUCAAGAAGAAGAAGAAGUCGGACAAAGAGUCGAAGAGCAAGGGGGUGUCCAAGAGCCAAGGGAAGGAGCAGGAGAAGCAAGUGUUUUGGGCCCUGGCGCCUCUACCGUGAGCUGCACGGAAGGACCAGCUGCUGAGGGAGCAGUGAAGAUAAAACCCAUUCUAGGAUUGUGAGCAUCCUCUAGCCCCACGUCAAAAAAAGUAUGUACGAGUUCGUUUUUAUAGAUCGGGUUGGCAUAUAAGACAAGUUCCUGGUAGGGACGCCUGUGAAAUAACAGUGGUUCAUCAAGAAGAUGCUGGCCUCAAUGUUGAGAUGGCAAAACUGACAUUCGCCAAAGGAAUAUGGAGCUUUGUGAAAUCAUGAGGUGGAUAGAGGAGGAAGAAACACUACAAUAUCUGAUUCUGGACAUGGACGGUGGUCUUCAAGGAUUGCAUAAUAUUCAUGGAAGCUUCAACCUGUCAACUGUGCCUGGUUCGCUUGCAUCUAGAGAGGCCGCAAUGGGUGUUGUACCAUCAGGUGGUGUUCAACAACCAGGAGGAAGCAUUCCUAGUGGACGGUUCUCAUCAAACAAUCUUUUGGUUGCAUUAUCCCAGAUGCCUCAUGGCUCUGGUGUCACAAAUAGAGGGGGUAUUAAUGUUGUUGGAAAUCAUGCUUUUAGUAGUAGUAAUAUUAAUGGAGUCACUGGGUCAAUAAUUGGUAUUUCCUCAAGUUCAGCUUAUGGGAAUUGUAGUUCUAUUCCUGGUUUGGGAGUUUCUCUAGUAUUGAGUAAUGUAGGGCCAAGACUUACAAGCUCUGUAGGCAACAUUGUUGGCAGUGGUAACAUGGGAAGAAGCAUCAGUUCUGGAGGAUUAUCUGUGCCCAGUUUAGCUUCACGGGUAAACUUAGCUACUAUGCACAGAGCAAGAAGGAUAAUGUUGGCACCAGUAAGAAACAUAUUUGUGUACUAUCUAUUACCUUUUGAUGUUGUAAGAAGAAUAGUUAUGUGUAAUUUGUGGAUACCAACUUGA